UAUCUCUAUGUAGGAAACGGCACAGGCUCGUACAUGCAAACGCUGUCGAUGCUAUCCGGGAUCCUUAGCAGCUGAUACAAAGUAACAACAUUUUUACUACAGUUUGCGCUGGAAUUAGUUCGAGGGUGGGCAGUCCUGUAUACAGGUUCCAUCCCCCAGGCUCCCAUGGCCUCCCCAUGGCCUUGGUCCCAUCAUCCUGACCUUUAACCCCCACAUACUGUAACACAUGGAUGACCUGGAUGCUGUCAGAGGACUUUCUCCUCGACCCCCUCCUCCUGAGGACUCUGUGUCCCUCUCCUCGUCCAGCACCGACAUCAUCAACUUAGAAGAUGGCCACUACAGUGCCCUGCUAGCGGAGUUGGAGGCUGAUGCUCAGGACCUAGAGGGAGAGUCCUGGAGUGUCUCUGUGGACCAGCAGUACAUAAAGAGACUACACAAAGAUGCUAUAAAGAGGCAAGAUGUCAUCUAUGAGUUGAUCCAGACUGAGGUGUACCACAUGCGGACCUUGAAGCUGCUGCUGAGUGUGUACCAGUAUGAGCUGAGACACAACCUACAGAUGGAGGAGACUAGGCUGGACAGGAUGUUCCCUCAGAUGGACAGCCUGCUGCACAUACACCAACACUUCCUGUGGUGUCUUAGAGACUGCCGCGACGGACAGAAUCACUACACAGUCACACAGCUGGGAGCUAUACUCAUCAACCAGUUUUCAGGUGAGAUGGGAGAGAGGAUGAAGGAGAGCUAUGGAGACUGCUGCAGUCACCACACAGAUGCUGUCAGCUUCUACAAAGAACAGCUACAGAACAACAAGAAGUUCCAGAACUUGAUUACGAAAAUCGGUCGGUUGUCCAUCGUGCGGCAGUUAGGAGUCCCAGAAUGUAUUCUGUUGGUGACUCAGCGGCUCACAAAGUACCCCUUUCUGGUCGAACGCAUUCUACAGAACACUGAUGCUGACAGUGAGGAGCACGAUGCCCUGGCCCAAGCCCUGGUUCUGAUCAGAGAGACAAUCUCUGCUGUGGACUCUCAGGUCCAUGACUAUGAGAGGGCCUCUUGGUUGAGAGACAUCGGCAGCAGUUUGCAACCUCAUUCCCACGGCAGGCUGAAGGACGAAAGGGUGUUCAAGAGAGAGGACCUGGCAGUGGGGACCAGAACCCUGCUCCAUGAGGGGACUGUCAACUGGCAGGCAGCCAACGGAUGGCUGAAAGGGAGUCUAUGUAUGAAGGAUGCCCAGAUCAUGCAGAGCCUGACAGAGAAGCUGCGUAUCUUUGCUGACAUGGCGGAGGCUGUAACAGGGCUGGAGGAUGUAGCUAAUCACUCUCGUCUGCUGCUCCACAGUGACGACUUAGACCCCCAGCAGGGGGAGACACUGCUCAAGGGGGCCAUCACUGAGGUGGAGAAUCUGCAGAACCUUCUCCUGUCCAGUGUGACUCUGAGAGACCCCUACCCCCCUCCAGAGGACUUCCUGGGAUCACGGGGAUACAGUUUGAGGCCAGAAGAUCUACGGCUCCUUCGAGGGGGGCUAGGCCUUGGGAACCUGGCCGCACUCAGGAGAGCCGAAACCUUAGGGGGCUAUGUCUGCAAUCCCAUACCCCCUAUGAAGAAUGGUAAUAUACAGGCUGGAGAACGGCCAGGCAGUGUGGCGGUACAACCUCUAGACAGAGGUCAGCAUUCAAACUCUGACCCCCAGCUACAGGACCUUGACCAGUCAGAGAGUCUGGAACUGUCGGCUGAUGAGUCACCAGCACCAGCAUCAUACUGGACUUCUCCAUGCCCAAAUCCAUCCUUUCCUGAAGCGGAGUUCUUUGACAGAGUGCUGCUGCUCUCACAGAAACUCUACAGUCUGCUGGCCAUCGUGUCCCAGCAGGACAGCCACAUUGAGUUGCAGCGUGCCUCGCUGUCAGAGCGUGAGCAUCCGGGCCGUUCUCGUGGAAAUGUGCUCCUGGAGCAGGAGAAACAACGUAACAUGGAGAAACAGAGAGAGGAGAUGGCUAACUUCCACAAGCUGCAGACACAGCACAGACAAGAACAGGCUCGCUGCGGGGAGGAGCGGGAGCGUCGCCAGUUGCAGGCGGAGGUCCUGGAGGUGGAGCUAAGACACAGAGAGGAGGAGUGUAGGAGAAUGAAGGCGAAGCUAGCAGAGGAGAGGGGGGAGCUGGAGAGAUGGAGAGAAACCUACCAACAGGAUCUGGAGAGGCUGAGAGAGGCUACAAGGACUGUGGAGAAACAGAAGGAACGCCUGGAUUUACAGAUGAAGUUGAAGAAGAGCAAGACCAUUGCCAAACCUGGGAGUUUUAACUUCAACACUCAGCAGGCUGUCCCCCACUCCCAGUCGUUCCGAGGGGACCUCCCCCACUCUGCUUCCUUCCGAGGGGACCUCUCCCAGUCGUUCCGAGGGGACCUGAUUGGUGGUUGGACCACGGGAGGUGACGUGACCCCCAUCCCGGCCUCUAAGGUCCACGUCCAACACAGCCCCUCUCUAGCCACAGCUUUCUUCCUGGAGCCGCCCCCAGAGGCGCCCCUUCAUAGGGAGAGCAUCAGCCCUGCGCCCCCUAAAGCGGAGGUUCCCAUUCACCUGAUCAGCACCACCAACCAGGUGGUCCACAAGCCAGGGGCUGUGCAGCAGCAGAUCCCCACCAAGCUGGCUACCCUCAGCAGCAAGGGCAAGGAGAAGAGCAGAAAAAAGGGAUCGCACCAGCGCAUGCAUAGUGCAGCAUCUAUAGACAUGUCUCAGGUGGUGCCGAUCAGAGUGACAAGAAAAGAGUGCGGGAGUCUGCGAGGGAAGGGGACUGUGAGUCCUCACAGGAGCUACCAAUCAGAUCGUUUCUUUAGUCCUCCAGAGCCUCUGUCCAAUGCCAAGCACUCCCAGACCCUGUUGUCCAACAGCAGCAUGAGGAACAGCCAGAGCCACUUCCCUCCACCCGAACCUCCCCGUCCUCCCCCCUUCCCAAAAGACAUAGCAAGCAAACCAACCAAGGAACGCGUAAUCUACCUGUAAGGACACAGGGUAAGACCAAAACCCUAACUCAUAGGGCCUAUGCCAGGGGUCUGCAACUGGGUGCCUGUGUGCCAAAACUGGUCCACAAGUGAUUUUAUUUGGCCCGCCAAAGCAGUCUGUUCUGAUCGAAGUAAAGAUGUGAUUUAAAAAAAAAAAUGAAAUUGAAC